CUGUAAAUGAAUGUUUCUCCAACCAAUCCCACAUUACAUUGUUCCUCCUCCUGUAUUCUUCAUAGACCUGUUCUUCCAUGCGUUCCUCAAUUCCCAUGGCUGACUUAUCUCACUAUAUAACCGAAUCUUAGACAGGACCCCUUCUAAAGCAGCAAACGGAAGAGCUAGCUAGUCAGCAAUCAUGAAGUUCGGGAAAGAAUUCACGUCGCAGAUGGUGCCCGAGUGGCAAGAAGCAUACAUGAACUACAACUACCUCAAGGCUGUCCUGAAAGAUGUCCUCAACCUCAGGAAGAGGAUGCAGACGGUCUCCCCAAAGGCAUCGACCCCGCGAGGCUCCGCAUUGAAGAGGGGGGUCUCCCUGUACCGAGCCUUCAGCGGGCUAACCAGCAGGCAGAGGAAGAACCCUAACUCCCCCUUGGCAAGGGGAGAUGAUGAGGAAGUGGUCCUCUUUAACUCUGUCAGGGAGAGCGGGUCGCCGUCGGGGGCGCGUCAUCAGACUAUGUUCCUGAAGUCCGCUGAGGAAGGAGGCGAGUGCGAGCUCGUUUUCUUCAAAAGGCUCGAUGACGAGUUCAACAAAGUCGUCGGGUUCUACCGGAAGAAGGUCCAAGAAGUUGUGGAAGAGGCUGACGAGCUGACCAGGCAGAUGAAUGCUCUCAUCGCUCUCAGGGUUAAGGUCGACAAUCCCAAUGUUCGGUCUCAGGCUGGUGCCUCCGAGCCUAGACUGGCCCCUUUGGAAAUAUUGGAUCAUGUGAAGAUUAAUGUUGCGGCAGAUACUCCGGUUUCAACACUUAAGGGCAUCCUCAUGAUUUCAGACUCAGACUUGUCCUUCAGCAAGGCCGAGCUGAGGAAAGCGGAGGAAAGAAUGACGCGGGCAUUUGCUGUGUUUUACCGAAAGCUUCGGCUUCUGAAGAGCUACUGCUUCCUGAAUCAACUGGCGUUCUCCAAAAUCAUGAAGAAGUACGACAAGAUCACCUCGAGGAGCGCAUCAAAGUCGUACUUGAAGAUGGUGGACGGUUCUUAUCUCGGAAGCUCCGAUGAGGUCAUAAUCAUUGCCUAUAAGAGGGUUAAUGGGCUCAUUGAACGAGUGGAAGCCACCUUUAUAAAGCACUUCGCAAACGGAAACCGGAGGAAAGGGAUGAAAAUACUUAGACCGACCACUAAAAGGGAAAAGCACAGAAUCACAUUCCUUCUCGGCAGCUUCUUCGGGUGCUGGUUAGCACUUAUAGCGGCUAUUAUAGUGGUAAUUCACGCCAGAGAUAUCUUGAAUAGCCCAGGACGUUACCAGUAUAUGGACAAUGUAUUUCGCCUGUACAGCUUGUUUGGUUUCAUUGUCCUGCACAUGGUCAUGUAUGCUGGAAACAUAUACUUCUGGAGGCGUUAUCGGAUCAAUUACUCGUUCAUAUUUGGCUUCAAGCAAGGUACAGAAUUGGGUUAUCGAGAAGUCCUCCUCCUCGGUUUUGGACUCGCAAUACUAACUCUAGCUGGGGCGCUAUCAAAUCUUGACAUGGAGAUGGACCCAAAAACUCAAGAAUUCCAAGCUCUCACGGAGAUAGUUCCCCUUGCCUUACUCCUUGUUGUAAUAAUCAUCACAUUUCUCCCGUUUAACAUCAUAUACCGCUGGAGUCGGUUUUUCCUUAUCCGAUGCGCCUUUCACUGUAUAUGUGCUCCUCUAUACAAGGUGACCCUUCCCGAUUUCUUCUUGGCCGAUCAACUCACGAGCCAGGUGCAAUCCUUCAGAGAGAUAUCAUUCUACAUCUGCUACUAUGGUUGGGGAGACUUCAGGAAGAGAUUGAACAAGUGUGACCAAAGCACAGUACAUGAAUACUUCUUCUUCACCGUUGCAAUUAUCCCAUUUUGGUUUCGGUCUCUUCAGUGCCUACGGAGGCUGAUCGAGGAGAGAGACCCGAAGCAUGGCUACAAUAGUUUAAGGUACCUCUCAACAAUAGUAGCUCUCACGAUGAGAACUAUUUACGAGCGUAAGGAGGGAGUCAAUUGGAAAAUAUGGGCAGCAAUAACUUUGGGAGUGGCAACAGUCAUGAACACGUACUGGGAUAUUGUUGAGGACUGGGGACUUCUUCAGAGAAACUCGAAAAACCCAUGGUUGAGAGAUAAACUUGCGAUCCCGAAUAGAGGGGUUUACUUCGUAGCUAUGGUUCUGAAUGUGAUACUGAGACUCGGAUGGAUGCAAACUGUUUUAGGAUUCCGGGAGACUCCUUUCUUGCACAGGACAGCCAUAGUUGCAAUCUUCGUGAGCUUGGAAAUUAUCCGACGGGGGAUAUGGAACUUCUUCCGGUUGGAGAAUGAGCACUUGAACAAUGUCGGGAAGUACCGGGCAUUCAAGUCGGUACCCCUCCCUUUUCAACACGAUGAUGACCAGAGAAUAUGAAAAGGCGGGCGAGGAGUCAAAUUCAGAUGAUGAUCGAGAAUGACAGAUAUAACAUUGAUGGGUUCUGAAUUUCUUGAUGAUCAUUUUUGUUUGCCCCUGAUGAUUCUUUCCGAGUCUGAAUUCUUUUGGUGACUCGAGGUACAAUGUAAAAUGAUUGAAAGGAAAGAUGUGCAUAGAAGAAUUCAUUGAAUUUCCAGAAUUGAUUAUGUUCCAGUUUGAGGCUGCCCCUUCGAUGUUGUAAGCAGAUUGACCGGAGUCGCAUCACUCCAUGUAUCAUUCUGUCUACUGCAAUGAUCUUCCUCUUGAUGGCACACACUCGGAGCAGGACCUCUGUUAUUGGAGAAAUAUCAUAUUUUCUGAGUCUCAGAAUGAUACCGAAAAAGUCGAAUUAAUAACGAUAUUUUACAGCAUCCAUAACUACUUCAAUGUUGAAUAUAUUCCGCUCCACACAGCAUUUCUAUUCAUCCCAAGGAUUUCUAUUUGUCCUUCGCAUUUCUCGAAAAAUAUCAGAUUCAAGAAAAAAAAGUGCCACCCUGACGGUGAUCCUGUAAUCACCAGGAGGGGGUUGCCCCUCAUUCCGGUUCAGAUGCUGUACGUCCCCCCAGUCAUCGCCUUGGCUUUUAUCUUAUCUGACAUGCAUUUCCUCUGCCCUGAGUUUACUUCAAAACGCAUACCAUCAGCUAUAGCAAACAUCAGAGGCACAAACAUGAACAAGAACCUGUCGUAACAUCUCGAUCUCGGCAUCCUUCCCUCCUUAGAGGGACUGUCAAGA